CAUGGCAACGGGCCACGCCUGCGCACUACCGCCGCCGCCAUUUUGCUGCUUUCCCGCCCGCUGCGGGGAGGCGGUAGCAGCGCAUGUGCGGGCCUGGCGGCGGCGGCGGCGGCGGCCUCGCGGUGGAACAUCAGCCGGGGAGGCGGUGCCACUCCUUUGCUCCCGUUAACACUCAUUCCCGGGCUCGACGCCUCACCUACACCCCUCCCCAUGAUUCACUGAGCACGUUGUGCAGGAUUAAGCUCCCGCCCCCAAAUAAUAGUCACUGGCAACAUUGUGUGAAUUAGGUUUAGUUUAGCAGACAACCAUGUCAGUGAGGCCUCCGACUUGGAAACGUUUAAUAAAAUGAAAAUGCACUGCAGGACUAAAGAGCGAUGAGGUUGCAGAAUGUAGAAGAAACAUGAGAAUAGUACAAGCAAAAAUUUGGAAACAAUGAUGGAAAAUGAAAUUUUACCCCAUGAUACAACUAUAUUUUUGGCAAAGUCAGAAGAGGACAUCAUGGAAUAUUCUGUGGAGCGGGGAGUAUCUGACAAAAUGCAUGUUAUCACAUUGCAGGUAGUCAACAUGGAUGAACACAUCCAGCCCAGCCUGACUGAGGUCAACAUGAUGACAAUGAACCAACAAGGAGUUGAAAUGAUUCCAAGUGAGCUGAGGCAGGCCUUGAGUAGUGAGGGUGAAAUCAUGCACACUCUUCCACUCCCUGAAGGAGUGCAGGUUUUUAAGGUAGGGCCAAAUGGAGAGAUGCAGUAUAUUGAGAGAAUGGAACUGGAUGCAGCCCAUACUCCAGAAGAAUACAUCGGCACAGUGAUAGAACAAUACCACGAUCCACUUGUCAAGAAAGAGAAAAGGAGUCUGCAGUGCGAUAUACAAAUUGGGAAUAAUACAGAUGUGACCGUUCAUCUUUGUAGAGACAGACAACUGGAGGGACUACAGUCGGGUGUAGCUGUUGAAAAAACAACUAGUUCUGCCAUUACGGCUGGACUUAACAAAACUAAAAAGCAAGAUAUUAAGAAGACAUUUCAGUGUAAAUUAUGUUCACGCACUUUUACACAACGGUCUAAUCUAGACCGUCAUAUGAGAAGCCAUUCAGAUGAGCGUCCACACAGAUGUCAUCUUUGUGAAAAGGCAUUCCGAACUGUCACCCUCCUGCAAAACCAUAUCAACACUCAUACAGGUACAAGACCACACAAAUGCCCUGACUGCGCAAUGGCAUUUGUUACAAGUGGGGAGGUGGUGCGACACAGACGGUACAAGCACACCCAUGAGAAACCCUUCAAAUGCUCAAUCUGCGAUUAUGCUAGUGUUGAGGUAAGUAAACUGAAGCGACACAUCCGUUCUCACACCGGGGAGCGUCCUUUCCCGUGCACAUUUUGCAGCUAUGCUAGCAGAGAUACAUACAAGCUGAAGCGACAUAUGAGAACUCACUCAGGGGAGAAGCCUUACAAGUGCCAUGUGUGCGAGGCUAAUUUUACACAGAGUGGAACGAUGAAAAUGCACAUCCGACAGAAGCACACAGACAAUGUGCCCAAAUACCACUGUCCUCACUGUGAUGCCAUCAUUGCAAGAAAAAGUGACUUGGGUGUCCAUUUACGAAAGCAGCAUUCCUACACAAGCUUAAGCAUGAAGUGUCGUUACUGUGAUGCUACAUUCCAUGAACGCUAUGUACUCAUCCAACACCAAAAGACCCACAGGAAUGAGAAACGUUUCAAGUGUGACCAGUGUGAUUAUGCAUGUAAACAGAAACGUCACAUGAUAAUGCAUAAACGUAUCCACACUGGGGAAAAGCCAUUCAGUUGCUCCCACUGCGAUAUGCACUUCAGACAGAAGCAGCUCCUGGAUUUGCAUUUCAAGAAGAACCACGAUCCAAGUUUUAUCCCAGAAGCAUACAUUUGCUCCCAAUGUUGUAAGAGCUUUUCUCGCAAGAAUGUCAUGAAAAGGCAUGCUGAGAGAUGUGGCAAUGUGACGAUACAAGAUGGAAAUCCAAAGUUUAUGGUAAAGAAAAGGAGAAACAGGAAGAAUAAAUUGGAGUACAAACACAACGCUGAAGCAAAAGGAGGUACAUUUUAUUAAAUAUUGAGCCAAAAUCAUUUGAAGUCGUUCUGUUGAUUAAAAAAACCCCACAAUUUCAUGUUUCAAUAAGAUCACGGGCAAGUUUCUUCUAAUAACAGUGAAGUCAUUGGCAGUGGGACAGGGAAUUGAGCAACUUUCCUGCUCAGGACAGGAGGGCUGACUAUGUGUGACCACACAGUGGCCGGGCAAUUAGCUAAUUGUGAAUUAUGCAGCAGGGACACACAAAAAGAUGAUACCUAUUGAAACUCAUGAGUUCUAAGUUCAAACCACCAUAUUUAAAGGGCAGCUGGACGGGCAUUCAUUCCUUGUGUGA